AUGGGACGUAAAGUAAGGACUGGUAAGGAUCGAUUAGAUCGUUAUUACCAUUUAGCUAAGGAACAAGGAUACCGUGCUAGAUCAGCUUUUAAACUAAUCCAGUUAGCCCAAAAAUAUGACAUAUUUAAAAAUUGUCAAGUUCUAGUUGACUUAUGUGCAGCUCCUGGUGGCUGGCUACAAGUAGCUAAACGUCAUAUGGGUGUAUCAAGUAAGAUUAUUGGAGUAGAUUUAGUAUCUAUAAAAUCAAUACCUGGAGUAACAACAUUUAAAUGUGAUAUUACAACUGAACAAUGUAAAAAGUUGAUUUUGAAUAAUUUAGAAGGUUUAUCAGUAGAUGUAGUGUUACAUGAUGGAGCUCCAAAUGUAGGUACAUCAUGGAAUAGAGAUGCAUAUAUACAAAACGAACUAGUAGUACAUUCUACUAAAUUAGCUUGUGAUAUAUUACGACCAGGAGGUAUAUUUAUAACAAAAAUAUUUCGUUCAAGUGAUUAUAAUUCAUUAAUAUGGGUUCUUAACCAACUAUUUAAGACAGUAAGAGCAACAAAACCACAAUCAUCUCGUAAUGUAUCAGCUGAAAUAUUUCUAGUUUGUCUAGAUUAUAAAGCUCCUCAUAAAAUUGACUCAAAAUUUUUUGAUCCAAAAUUUAUAUUUACAAAUUCAAAUGAUAUAAAUGAAUCUCAAGAGUUAAGAUUAGCUGAAGUACAAACAAAGAAAGUGAAACCAGGAUUAUCAGAAUUAAUGAAAAGUAUUGGAAAAAGGAAUAGAGAUGGUUAUGAAGAAGAUGAUUUUCGUAUUAUAAGCUUAUUUGAUUUUUUCUAUUCUGAGAAUCCUGCUCAGAUUUUAUUAAAAUCUCAGAAGAUUCGUCUUUCACCUAUAGAUAAUGAUAAUACAGAAAAGAGAGAAUUUAUAAAAUUAGUACUAAAUAACAAACGUACCAAUGAAGAAAUAAAAAUAUUAUGCGAUGAUUUAAAAGUAUUAGGAAAAAAUGAACUUAUGCAACUACUUAAAUGGAGAUUUUUAGUACUAAAGGAAAUUGGAUUAUAUAGAGUAGAUAAUUUCAACAAAGAUAUAAUUAGUGAAAUUGAAAAUAAUGAAGUUAAUGAAGAUGAAAAUAAUCAAAUUGAUGAUGAAAAUAAUAAUGAUAUAAAAGAUAGCAAUUUAUUUAAUUUAACGGAAGAUUCGGAAGAUAUAGAUAAUGAAUUGAAUAGAGUACUGGAAAUUCAAAGGAAACGUAAAAAAAUUCUUGAGAAGAAAAAAAAAGCUUUAUUAAAGAAGCAGGAAUGGCGUUUAUCUUUAUCAAAAGGAGGAUUUGAUGUAACUGGAGAUGAACCUGACUUAUUUCACUAUACACCCAAAGUAGCAGAUAUCUUAGAACAGGAAAGUCAACUAGUAGAUCCAGAAACUUAUUUUCCUGAUUCAGAUUUUGGACAUAAUGUAAAUGAAAAUUUAUUAGGUAUAGAUAUGGUAUUAGAUACAAAUGAAGAUUCAAACUAUUCAAAAAGAGAUAUAUCAUAUGAAGUACAAACUAUAAAUGAAUCUGAAAAUAGUGAAGAGGAAUAUAUUGAUCAUCAUAUGAAAUUAGAUAUUGAUUUGGAAGUUCAAGAUAUAAUUAGAAAGGCAAGUAAAAAUAAGAAUGAAAAUAUUAAAGAUCACAAGAAAGGUGUAAAAGAAACUCGUCGUAAAAAAGUUAUUUCAGACUGGUGCAAAGAAAUAAAUGAAUUUAGUAAUCAAUUAGAUAUAGAAAAUGAGAAAAUUCUAGCUGAAAAGGUUGUAAGUCAAAUGCAGGAUGAUAAUGAAGAAUCUAAUGAUGAAGAAAAUGAAGUUUAUAAUAUCGAAAAAAUUACUGAAAAUGAUAAUAAAUCAAUGAUGUGGUUUUCAAAUCCUCUAUUUGAUGAUAUAUUAAAUAAUAAGAAUACACCAGAAUUAGAAAAUACUUUAAUAAACAAAUUAGAUAACAAUAAAAAUGAUAAUAAAUCUAUAUUAAUAAAAGAAUUAAAUGAAGAUGAAAUUCCUCAAAUACCAUUAAAUGAAAAGAAAAGGAAAAAAUUAGAAAAGCAAAAAAAAGAAAUUAAAUCUGAAAUUAAGGAUAAAACCGAAAUUGAAUUUAUUAAUCCAUCUCCUACUAUUAAAUGUCCAACUAGUGAAAAGGAAUUAGAGAAAGUACAAGCUAUUGGAUCUUUACUAGUUAAUAAAUCAACUAGAAUGGAUCUUAUUGAUGGGAGUUAUAAUCGUUAUUCUUUUCAUGAUCCUAUAGAAGAUGGAAAAACUUUAGGUUUACCUUCUUGGUUUGUGGAAGAUGAGAUGAAACAUAAUAAACCUGAAUUACCAGUUACUAAAGAGCUUAUGGCUCAAUAUAAAGCAAAAAUUCGAGAAAUAAGUAGAAGAACAAUUCGUAAAGAAGUAGAAGCUCUAUAUAGAAAGAAGAGAAGGCAAGAAAAACUUUUGCAAAAAGCAAGACAAAAAGCUUUGGCUAUUGCUGAAUCAGAAGAAAUGAAUGAAACAUCAAAAUCUAAAGUAAUUCAAAAUCUAAUGAAGAGGGCAAAAAGUAUAGCUAAUUCAAAACGAUCUACUGUUUAUACAGUUACAAGAAGGCAUGGAAUUACAAAAGAAGUUAAUAAUAAAAAGGGUAAGAAUAUUAAAGGAUAUAUGAAGAAUGUAAAAACAAAAUUUGUUGAUAAAAGACUUAAGAAAGAUAAAAGAGCAACAAAACGUAUUGAAAAAAAUAGAAACAAGAAAAGUAAAAGAAAUAGAAAAAAAUUUUAA